CCUUUUCUCUCUUUUUUGUUUAUUUGUAUAGGUGGCCUGAAUAGUUCUGUUAUUCUUACCAGCCUCGACUACAAAAACUACACAGAAAAGCUGCUUUCUUACCUAGAGCCAGUCCUCCUUAGUUUAAAGCGAAGCAGGUUUGUGAGGUGUUGGCACGCUAAGACAGAUGGCUGGGCGGCAUCGACAUUCCACAGCAACUGCGAUGGGAGGGGACCCACGUUAACAAUCAUCAAAGCUGUUAACUCCAUUUUUGGUGGCUACACUGAUGUAUCAUGGAGCAGUCCCUGUGGUUAUUCUUCAGCCAGCAAGGCUUUUGUUUUCUCUCUUUACAACGCCAAAGGAUACAAUCCUGUGAAGCUGACACAAUACAGGUACCAGCAAAACGCCAUGUACAGAUGUUCCUCCUAUGGACCCACUUUUGGUGGGCAUGACAUCUACGUAUCAAAUGACGCAGGGAACAAUCAAAACUCUUCUACUUCUUGCGGCUCCACGUACUCCAAACCCCCGGGCUAUUCGAAUGGAUACUGUGGAUUUUUUACAGGAGCACGUUAUUUUACUCCAUCUGACAUUGAAGUUUUGUUCGAAAUAGCAUGGUUCAGCGAUUCUAAGAGCGCAUGCGCUGAACCAUAUACAGCAGCGAAAUACUAUUCAGGUUAUUGUGGCAACUGUGACAAACGAAUUAUAUCUCAAUUCCCGACUAUCAGUGCAUAUCAACUAAAUCAGGGGAAAAAAUGCAUAUUUUUUGCAGUUGCCAUUGAAUUGAAUCAAUGA